AUGGGCAUCGUCCGCAGCCGCCUGCAUAAGCGCAAGAUCACCGGUGGAAAGACCAAGAUCCACCGGAAGCGCAUGAAGGCCGAGCUGGGUCGCCUUCCCGCGAACACCCGCCUUGGCGCCCGCCGCGUGAGCCCCGUGCGUGCUCGCGGUGGCAACUUCAAGAUCCGUGCCCUGCGCCUGGACACCGGCAACUUUGCCUGGGCCUCCGAGGCCAUCGCGCAGCGCGUGCGUCUUCUCGACGUCGUGUACAACGCCACCUCGAACGAGCUGGUGCGUACGAAGACGCUGGUGAAGAACUGCAUCGUCGCCGUGGAUGCCGCGCCGUUCAAGCGCUGGUACGCCAAGCACUACGGCAUUGACUUGGAUGCAGGCAAGAGGAGCACCAAGGCUACCGCUGCUGCGGAGAAGAAGGGCAGGAAGUCCGCCCACGCCGCUGCUGACAAGUACGACGUGAACAAGGCCUCGCCCAAGCUUCAGCGCGAGUGGAUGCGCCGCCGCCGCAACCACAGGGUUGAGAAGGUGAUCGCCGAUCAGCUGCGCGAGGGUCGCGUGCUCGCGCGCAUAACGAGCCGCCCGGGCCAGUCCGGCCGUGCCGACGGUAUCCUGCUGGAGGGCGCAGAGCUCCAGUUCUACCUGAAGCGCCUGGAGAAGAAGUAA